AUGCACGCUGGCUCAGGCCUCCAUGUUUCCACUUCUGCAGCUGCGGCUGGGACGCGGGCUGUGGCUCACCGGCAGGUCGCGCACGCGGGAAUCAUAGACUCAGAUGAAAACACUCUACAGCCUGGACCCUCUGGGUUGACCCAGGCCCACAGCCAGACAGCAGAGGACUCAGACUCAAAAUACUUAUCCUCUGCCUCUUUUGAAGACAAGCUUGAUUACAAUGAAUCCUGCAAGUCUCAAGAGAAUGCUCCUGAGAUAAGUGUGGUGGUCCCAGCCCAGGAUCAGGAAGCAGGAGAAAAUUCCGCUGCUUCUGAGCAUUUAUCCUGUGUCUCCUCGGCAAGAAUCCAUCAAUUACCUCAAGAUGUCUCCUGCCUUGGAUCCUCUGAGAUGUCUCAACCCCAGGAUUUGGAGCAAAGGGAGACUUACUCCCCCUUACCACAUAUCUCUGUUCAUUCCUACUUAACCAAUAUGCCCUUUAUGUCCUCAGAACAUAAGGAAAAGAAAAGGGCCAUGAAAAUUUACUACGUGCAUGUCCCAACAAAAAGGGGUGUGGCUGUCUUGUCAGAUACAGAGGAAGGACUGGAGCCCCCACAAAAGAAGACAAGAGUAGAAGAAAUGACCUUUCCUGAGAAUAUCAGUACAAAAACCACCAUCUCUGACACGUCUACAAAGGAACUCUUCACUGACAGUGAGUGCAGCGUGGACAGCAAAGCCCAAGAGGAAAGAAAGGAGGAGGCUGACAGCCCAGCAGAGCCUCCAGCUCCGGAGGAGAGUUCCAGGGCCAGGACACCGGAGAUGCUGGACAGUGGCUUCAAGUGCAUGGCCUGCUGCUGGUCCUACCCCAGUUUGGAGGUCCUGGAGGUGCACGUGGAGCACGGGGUCCAUGAGGGCUGUAGCUGCCGCACCUGCCAUCUUGCCUUAGCCCGGCUAAAGAACAAAAGGAACGGGAAAGGGAAGAAGAACGAAAUCAAGACGACAACAUCUGUGUGCAACAGGGAAGAACACAUUGAUGUGGAAACAUCCUCAUACACAUCAACAGACUGA